CGUUACCUGUGCCAUCAAGCUCAAGAUCAAGGCCCCAUGGCCCCAUGUAAAUAAAGCAGCAUGGCCGAGUACACUGUCCACAAUGUUCGCUUCUACGACUUCCACCCCAAAGCCAUCCAGUGCAUGAGCUAUGAGGAGGAAACCAGCAGGCUAGCGCUGUCCAGGGCUGAUGGCAACAUUGAAAUAUGGAACUGCAAGAGCCGGCCGUUUUUGCAGCUUGUUCUCCCAGGGGACAAUGACAGCUCGGUGGAGGCGCUGGCAUGGUGCCGCGGGAGGCUGUUCAGCACCGGCCUUCAUGGCUUCUUGUUAGAGCACAGCUUGGCAUCGCGAGAGGUGAUCCUUCGCACACCAGUCACUGGGGGCCCCACAUGGUGCCUUGCACUCUCCAAGGACAAGACAAAGCUAGCUACUGGCACCGAGGGAGGCUACGUCUGCAUAUUUGAUGUGGUGGCGGAUGGCGUCAUGUAUAACAGAGCGCUGGAGAAGCAGGAAGGUCGCAUCCUACACAUCGCCUGGCACAGCAGUGGGGACUACAUCGUGACCGGCUCGGUGAACUGCGUACGGCUAUGGUCCCUCAAGGAAGGACGGGUGACCCGGUGUGCCCUGGGCUCCUCCAACAGGAAGGAUGAGGUCAUCGUGUGGUGUGUAGGCAUCCUGGACGACAUGACCAUAAUUAGUGGUGACUCCAGCGGCAAGACCUGCUUCUGGAACGCCGAGGUGGGCACCAUCACCCACAGCAUACAGACACACAAGGCAGAUGUUUUAUCCCUCGCCAUCUGUGCCGACCAAAAGUCCGUCUACGUGGCUGGCGUGGACCCAACCAUCGUGCAGGUGAGCCAGGUGGAGAUGAGCACCAAGCGGGGCAAGGUGGAGACGUGGAUCAAGGCCAUCCAGCGCUCCAUCCACACCCAUGAUGUGCGCGCCUUGGCUGUCACCGCCGCCGACCACGUCUACUCGGGGGGCGUUGACACCAUCCUGUCCCUGAGUUACUACCCUCCAAAGACCGUCUUCAGGUUCACUGCUCUGCCGCCCCCUGGGUCCAUCUCUGUGGCGCGGGAAGCUGAGUCGCUGUUACUUCAAUACAGUGACCGUGUGGAGCUGUGGCGGCUGGGAGCGUCGUCUCAAGAAGGGGGGGAUUCGGGCAGCUUCCUUCCCAUCACUGAGGACCGAGUGAAGUUGUUGGAGCUCCGCAGUAAGGAAGACGAGGUGAUCCAGGGGUGUGCGGUGUCCCCCAAGGCCCAGUGGAUCACCUACCUCGUUCAGGGACACAUCCGUCUCUACCACUUCAGCCCCCCACAGCGAGGGAGUGAGGUUGGCCUGCAGCGGGUGAGGCAGCUCAGCAAGACCAUAGAGAGGAGUCACCAGGUGCUGUGGCUGGGCGAGGGAAGGCUGGCCUCAGCGGCUGUCACAGGAUGCAUUCAGCUGAUCGGCGUGUCGGGGAGUGAGGCUGUGCUGGAGAAGGAGCUGAGCCUCAAGGUGGGGUGUGGCGUUCUCCAAAUGGCCUGCGACACGGAGGGCAAGACACUCGCUGUUGUGGACGACAAAAACACCAUCACCGUCUUUGACACCGAGGGGAACACGUCAGCUGCCAUGCCCGGCCACAGCGCUCCCGUCACAGCCAUUGGAGUUCACCCGCUGACGAAGGUGGUGGUGGCUGCGUAUGCCGACAUGAGCCUGAAGGAGUACGACCCAUCCACACGGCGCUACACUCCGUUCUGCCGACAGCACCUCAGUGCACCGUUCCCGGAGCUGGCCAAGAAGCAUUCAGUGAUCCAGCACGUGAGUUUCGACCCUGAGCAGCCUGACCUGAUCCUCCUGUACAACGACUCGGCCUUCAUGGUGCUACGGAAGGGCAAGGAAGGAGCCGGGGAGACCCAGAAGAGGGUGAAAAGGGUGAAGAAGGGCGAGAGUCCUGGUCGGGGAGUGGGAGGUGGAGGAGGGGGGCAAGGGGAAGGGAUGCAGGUGUCAGUCAUCAAGAGGGCCAACCAGGUGCUAUUCUUCGGCCAGGUGAAGGGACAGUCGGUGGUGAGUGUGGAGUUGAAUCCUCUCCUGGUGAUGGACCGCCUGCCCUCGCCACUCAAGGUCAAAAAGUAUGGAGGGACUUGAAUCACAUGUCACCGUUUUAUCAUUAUCAUUUUCUUCAUCUGCUUUUUCUUUCAUCCUGGUUCUUUUCCUCUUCUCCUUCCUUCCUUCCUUCCUAUUUUCUUAUCCUUCCCUCCUGCCUUUUUUUGUUCUCCUUUCUUCCUGCCUCUUUUCUUCUUUUCCCACAUGCUUCUCUUUUUCUUCUCUUCUGCCUCUCCUCUUCUUCCCAUCUGCCUCCAUUUAUCAAGUUUCUUCUUUACAGGCAACAAAUAUUUCCUAUUCCUUCAAGCACCAAAAAUUCUGAUCUUCCUCCUCAUGCAACAAAAAUAAAUCAUCUUUUCCUCAUUUCUCCUCUAUGGGAAGUAUUUUUCUGCUUAUAAAUAGUUUUCAGGGCCAUUAUAACCACUUGUCUUCACUUUACCUCUUUUCUCCUCUAUGUGAAGUAUUUUUCCUCUUAUGCAGCUUCCAGGGCUGUCAUAACCACUGUCUUCACUAAUUCUUUUCCUCUUUCCUCGUCUAUGUGAAGUAUUUUUCUGCAUAUAUAUAAUUUUCAGGGCCGGUAUAAUCACUGUCUUCACUAAUUCUUUUUCUCUUUUCUCCUCUAUGUGAAGUAUUUUUCCUCUUAUGCAGCUUUCAUGCUUGUUAUAACCACUCUUCACUAAUUCAACUUCUGCUAUUUAUUAUUCUAUUUAAUUUCAUGUUCUUCAUCUAUUCUAUGCCCCAAUCAUGUUCCUGCCUUGAGACUCAGACCAGCAUUGUUAACUGUUGAUGGCUGGAAAGGUCUUAGGCAGUUUUUAUAUUAACUUAAUUUCUGAGGGAGGAGUUUUUAUUUAUUUUCAUUUUUAUUUUAUUUUUAUUUUUUAUUUUUUUGAGGGGGAGGGGGUGAGUGUGUGCAAUCCCUUCCCUCGCCAUAACCAUCUUCCAGGACAAAGGGAAAGGAAGCACAGGUAUUAGCUGAAGAAGAAACUUGUAUGUUAAGUAAAUAUAUUAGCUCUAUAUUGCUAGGGGAAUAAAGACAAACUUUUGUAUGAAAUAUAAAAUGAGAUGGAAUAA